AAGCAUUUGGCUUGUCUAAUGUGAUUGUGAUGUCCUUAAUAAACAUAUAGGCUAAAUAUUUCCAUUUCAGACAAUGCAGUGAUGUAUCCACAGAAAAAAACAGGUGAGAGCCCCCCAACCAAAAAGUUACACAGUGCAGUUUUAAAGGUAUUUAUUACGUGGGCUAUAUUAUCUAGUGUCUGUUUGAUAUUGUUCAUUAUUACUUGUGCUGCAGGUGUCUGUUUCCUGGUGUCUGUGUUUCAGAGUAUCAGAGUGAGGCAGCUGCAGUGUGGGAGGCGACAGUGAAAUGAAACCGGGCCUACAGCGGAUGCGCACAAACUCUCGCAUUGCUUCCUAUCGUCAUAUUGAGGUUUUGUAACACUUAACACGAGUUAGAAUCUUCAAGUAACUGUUGAAUUUCUCUAUUAACAUACCAUUACAAUUCACAUUAAGUAAAUCAUAUGUAACAAAAUCUCAACUCCAAGUUCAACAGACGAAACUCAGCUUGAGACUUCAACACACAACAUGCAUUUUCCUCCUCAAGGACGAGCUGGUGUCGUCUGAACAGAACUGGCAGUAUCUGGGAUCUUAAAUUUGACUACAAAGACUCCAAACACAUUGAGGCGGACAAAUCUGAAGCAUUUUCAAACACUGAGUGUCACGUAUGUGUCAGCGAGUUAUGUAGCUCGUGUAAUUUAUUGUAUGGACUAAGAUACGGACCUUGGGGAGCCUUUUGUAGCUAAAAAGAGUCCAGAUUAAGCUCCAGCACCAUGAACGGCAUGCCUGAGAUGUCGGUGAAGUGUGUCCUGGUUGGGGACAGUGCAGUGGGGAAAACAGCCUUGUUGGUCCGCUUUACUUCUGAGACUUUCCCUGACUGCUACAAACCCACUGUGUUUGAGAACACAGGCGUGGAGGUGUACAUGGAUGGGGUGCAGAUCAACCUAGGGCUCUGGGACACAUCUGGGAGCGACAACUUCAGGCAGAUCCGCCCCCGGUCCUACAACCAGGCUGAUGUGGUUCUGAUCUGUUACUCUGUGGCUAACCCAAACUCCCUGGCCAGUGUGCAGCACAAAUGGAUAUCAGAGAUCAGGGAGUUUCUGCCCAAAGUGCCCGUGCUGGUGGUGGCCACUCAGACCGACCUGCGGGAGACGGGUGUGCACAGAGGGCACUGCAUUAUGCCAACACAGGGCAAACAGGUGGCACGUGAUAUCCACGCCAAAGGGUACCUAGAGUGCUCCUCUCUGAAUAACCGCGGGGUGCAACAGGUCUUUGAGAGUGCUGUCCGAACAGCUGUGAACAAGGCCAAGAAGAGGGAGCACCGCCGUAUGUUUAGUAUUAACCAGUGCAAAAUGUUCUGACCUCCGGACGUCUCAUGACAACUCUUAAGACUUUGAUUUAAAUUUAAAUAGAUGUGCUUUUUUUUUUUUCUGUGUAUGUUUUUUAUUUAUAUAUUUGGACAAUCCUCUAUGCCAGCUGGCAACGUUUACAAUUUUAUAAUGUACAGUAUGUUGUAAUCGUAAUCGUAAUUGUAAACUAAUUUUAGCCAGCAACAGCAUUUUUAUUAUGACAUUUUGAAGCUGUGUAUUUAGAUUUAUUCAAAUAAGCGAACUUCAUAUUUCACAGCAUUGCAAUUCACUUACAAACAUUUUAUAUCUAAUAUUUUUACUUUAAACAUUACAGGGAAGCUAGACAUUUUACACUUAACAUGCACUAAAAUAAUCAAUACAUAUCUAUAAGAUGUAUAUAUAAGAUAUAUUAAAAGUGAAUUCAUUAUUAAAAGUGAAGAUACUUUUGUUAUUUAUUAUGUUUCCGGCUGACCAUGUGGGGGCAACUGAAGGGAAGAUAAUCAAAAGUCUUAUGAAUCAAAAUGUUAUAUUUGAUUCAGAGCGUCAUUCAAACUAAUUAGAAUCAAAAACUGAACUCUGAAAUCUGUAAUCUUUCGGCUUGUCCCUUCCUUUUUUAGAUCUCCCCAUAGAAUUUUUACACAUUAAAUCAAAUAUGUAAUAACAAAUGUACAAAAUUAUAUAAAUAAAAUCAGAGUAAUGUGUAUAUAAAGUGUAUAUGUUUGGCACACAGACAGACAAUCACUAAUCUUUAAUGUUUGCUAUUUUACAUGUACGUAUGUAACAACGCACACAUCUAACCAUUUACCAAUCAUUAACAGUUUUUUUUAAGUUAUAAUAAUUUUAAAAAUCUUUUUUGGCCAGUAUAAAGUACCAAGUGAAAAAAAUCUAAAAUUUGAUCCAGAUAUAAUACAUAUUUGCUUUUUUUUUUUUUUUUUUUAAAUACUGAGGUGACCAUGGAUAUCUGACCAGAAAACAAUGAUUCAAUUGUUUAAUUAUUUGAUCACUUCUCACACAUAAUUAUGGCUUUGGAGCUGCUGAAAAUAAAGAAUAAAAUAAUAAAAUGUGACAUCACCAGUUCCUGCAUCUCAAACAGAUAAUAUACUGGAAAGUAAAGAUUUUUCUUCAGAGAACCCAUUCAGACCUAUUAGGAACUCACAAGAAAAACCCUGAGCCAUACACCUACAUACUUUAUGCAAAAAAGAAAUCUCUUGUUGCAUCUUGUUGUAAAAACCUAAAUUUAUUUCACAUUUGUAUAGUCAUGUUCUAAACACUUUAUAAUACAAUAGAGUAUAGUAUUAAUUCAAAUUCUUCUAGAGAGAAACAGGCGGUGGAUUCCUGAGGUCAGACCUCUGAUCUCACUGUUCACUUCCACAGACACCACAAGGCACUCAUUUUCUCUCUUUGUCUCUGUAUUGAAUGUGCUUGGUAGAAGUUUAAUGAGAAAUUACAUUUAACUAUCUGUAUAUCUAAUUCAAACUGUAACUCAAAUCUUUCUUUUACCUAUAUAAUAAUUCUGCAUCUUGUGUCGCUCAUAGAGCAAAAUAUUUGUCUAUGAGAGAAAAUAAAAGGGUCUUUUUAUACAGCGGCAGAAUUCGCUUUUGAUGUACACGCAAAGUCCACCAAGUGAGGGAGCAGCAGAGAGAAAUGCCAUAUUUUUAUACAUGCAUGUAAUUAAAAUACAAUGCAACAUGUCAGGAUGUAAAACAGUUUAGUAUUUAAAGGCUUUAAACAUGUUACCUCUCGUUAUAAACGAUAUUUAAGAUGAUAACAGUAAAAACCGUACAGAUUUGACUUUGAUCAUUUGUCUUGAUCACCUGCCGCAAUGAUUCAGAUUAAAUUGUUGAGGACUUAAAUAUUUUAUGAAAAUAUAUACUGUAGAUAUAUAUUUUAUGUGCAUUCUAUAUAUAGAAUAUAGCUGCUAUUACAAACUGAUGAAUACAUUACUUACUUAAAGAGUCAUAAUUUAAAAGAUACCAUAAAACAACAAGAUUUUAGAUAGAUAGACCUUUAUGUAGAGAAAAUAGAGGAUACAUUUUUUACUGCAUCAUCUGAUGGUGAACUAGAGCUUGUCUAAUGGCUUAUUUUAAUUUCAUGUAUUACAAAACUGACCACAAUAAAGUGAUAACUUUGUAAUUUGUAUGAAGUCAUAGUUGUAUUUAUUUAUUUAUUUGUUUAUUUAAGUAUUGUUACUCUUACAAACUGCAGUUAUG